AUGUCCCUUCACCAAUUUCUACUGGAGCCCAUCACCUGCCACGCAUGGAAUUGCGACAGGACACAGAUUGCCAUCAGCCCCAACAACCACGAAGUUCAUAUUUAUAAAAAGAGUGGGAACCAGUGGGUCAAGACUCACGAGCUGAAGGAGCACAACGGACACAUUACAGGCAUCGACUGGGCCCCCAAGAGCGAUCGCAUAGUGACGUGUGGUGCUGAUCGCAACGCGUACGUUUGGUCACAGAAGGAGGGCAUAUGGAAGCCCACGCUGGUCAUCCUCAGGAUCAACAGGGCCGCCACCUUUGUGAAGUGGUCUCCACUGGAAAACAAGUUCGCGGUGGGCAGCGGUGCGCGACUCAUCUCUGUCUGCUACUUUGAGUCGGAGAACGACUGGUGGGUGAGCAAGCACAUCAAGAAGCCCAUCCGCUCCACCAUCCUCAGUUUGGACUGGCACCCCAACAACGUGCUGUUGGCUGCCGGGUCGUGCGACUUUAAAUGCAGGGUGUUCUCAGCAUACAUUAAAGAGGUAGAGGAGAAGCCAGGUCCUACCCCUUGGGGCAGCAAAAUGCCAUUCGGGGCUGUUCUAGCAGAGUUCGGAGGAGCAGGAGGAGGAGGUUGGGUCCAUUCUGUGUCCUUCUCAGCCUCUGGGAACCGCCUGGCGUGGGUCAGCCACGACAGCACAGUCACUGUGGUGGACAGCGCCAAGACUGCCUGUCCUUUGCAAUUGAAGACUGAGUUCCUGCCUCUUCUCAGUGUCUGCUUUGUGUCAGAGAACAGCCUAGUAGCAGCGGGCCAUGACUGCUGCCCCAUGCUGUUCCGCUGUGAUGAUGGUGGUGCGCUAACCUUCGUGUCCAAGCUGGACCUGCCCAAGCAGAGCAUCCAGAGAAACAUCUCGGCCAUGGAGCGCUUCCGCAACAUGGACAAGAGGGCCACCACCGAGGACCGCAACACUGCGCUGGACACACUGCACCAGAACAGCAUCACCCAAGUGUCUAUCUAUGAAGGAGACAAAAGGGACUGUCGCAAGUUCUGCACCACUGGCAUUGAUGGCGCCAUGACCAUUUGGGACUUUAAGAGUCUAGAAGCUUCUAUCCAGGGUCUCCGCAUCAUGUGA